AGGUGUUCGGGGGCGGGGCCAGUAUACUGCUGCAGCUGUCCAUGGUUGGGUUUGGUGAGUACGCGCGGUUCUCUGGGAUGAAACCAUAAUCAGACACUGUUAUUAUAUCUCUUUGGAUCAUUUCCCUAUACAGCGCAUCAAAGCCGACUUCAAGAGGGUAGGAACCCUGCUGAGAGUACACCAUUUUGGAGUGGCGGUAGGGAUAUAAGAUUGUGAAGGACGCGAGGCAUCAUGGCAGCACAAGAACAGGCGAGGCAGCGCUCACUCUCCACCUCUGGUGAAUCACUCUACAUUGUGCUUGGCAUUGACAAGCUAGCCACUCCCGACGAUAUCAAGAAAUCCUACAGAAAACUUGCAUUGAAAUUCCACCCUGAUAAGAACCCAGAUAACCCGGAAGCUUCUGACAAGUUUAAGGAGAUCAACAAUGCCCAUGCCAUUCUGAACGACCCCACCAAGCGGAACAUCUAUGACAAGUACGGCUCCCUGGGACUGUACGUGGCUGAGCAGUUUGGCGAGGAGAACGUGAACACCUACUUUGUCCUGUCCAGCUGGUGGGCUAAGGCCUUGUUUGUGUUCUGUGGCCUGGCCACUGGCUGCUACUUCUGUUGUUGCCUGUGUUGCUGCUGUAACUGCUGCUGUGGGAAGUGUAAACCGCGGCCUCCAGAGGGCCAGGAGCCUGACUUCUAUGUGUCCCCUGAGGACCUGGAGGCCCAGAUGCAGUCUGAUGAGAGAGAGGCUGGUGGUGAAGCAAUCUUGGUGCAGCCAUCAGCGACAGAGACCACCCAGUUGACGUCAGAUGGUCACCAUUCUACCUAUCAGACCGACAUGGGCUUCAACUAAACCCCACCCCUGUCCUGGCCUGUGGCCUUGCCUGCUACCCUGUUCCACCUUAAAAGGAUGAACGAGAAGGGCAAUCUGUUUAAACUUCACUAAGAGAGCCAAGUCCUGGAUAGGAGAUGGAGGAGUGAGCGUGGCCCACAUACAGAACUCUUUAAGAUACACCUCCCCUUUCCACCCGCUCCAGAGUGGUCCACUCCCGCCUCAAUGUAGGAAGAAAGAGAAAGAAAACAUUUGCUUCCCUUCCGUUUGUUCUUUCAUAUACUUUGGCCUUUGACCUCACAAACCUCCAACCCCACAGUCCCCUAUCCAUAUUUCAUGUAAUUUUGUAGCAUGCACUGUUUUGAGCUAAAUAAAUAAUUGCCUUCAUUAUUUUUUUUCAUACUGUUGGUGCACACAUGUGAGUGUGGUUCAUUUGGGGAACAGUUUACUUUAUGUUUUUGCUCACUGAUAAGAGAGGUUCGGUUCAGGGAGGUUGUGGAUAGUGAGGUGUUUCUGUUCAUUGUCUUUGCUGCAUGACAUCAUCAUUAAACAUUCAAAAUAGAGCUAGACAAUUCUCAGUUUAAAAUUGCCAUCAGCUGAUGCCAGUUAUAAACACAGCUCAUUUUCUUUAGGAACUUAAAUCCAUAGAUUUAGACUCCUCUUUACCUGUGUUUGUGCCCAUUGCAUUGUGGUUAUACUGUGCUGAGAUCUGUGCAUGUAAAGGGGUGGAAAGGGAGGGCAGGGCACACAAGCUGCAUUUUAUGACAGCAAUAUCAUGAAAUACUGAUGAUGACAUUGCUUUCUUAACAUUUAGUGGGUCUUGAAUUUAACUGGCUUGGUUUGGUCUGUUCUUGUGUGAAGGAAGCAUCGCUUUGUCCUGCCCCUAAAAUCUGAAUUGAAUGCUUGUAAUCUUGCCCCUGACUUCCCUGCAUCGAAGAACUGACUAACACCAGAAGAUAAAUAUCACACACAGGUUUGUUAACAUAUGUAGUCAUGUAUAUUUGGUUUAGUUUUACUUGCCACUGUGCCACCCACAGUCCCGUUGGAUUGUUGGGAUGUGACCCAGACAUCUCUGAGCAACACGUCUCUGCACAUUUGAGUGGUUGUUCUCAAUAUCAAGUUAUUUGAUGUUUUACCUGUGCUUAAUUUUCUUGUGGUUCUGAGUGUUACCCCACACUGUCUAACCCAAGGACCAUGACCUGAUCCAAUUAGAGGGGGAAAUGUUUUCAUUCCAAGCACUGUUCAUUUAUGUUUAGAUGUGAUCAAAAAGACUACUGUAUGGGUGUAGGGAAAAGUUGGGAGCAUUUGAAGAAUCUUAUCUUGUUUUUUAUCAUUCUGUUGUAGGGAAUUCAGAAGUGUUGUAAUUGUCCAAUGCUUUGUUAAUUUAUUUUUACCAUCAUUGAAUUUUGAGUGUCGAUAUUGGUACUUUCUUAGGUCAUAAGUAAUUUCAUCAGUGGGCUAGCACUACCACAGGCAGCUCUUAUCCUAUAACCAGAAUAGAUUUAUGUUUUUAAUAUAAAUAUAUACAACUAAAUAUAUGUAAAGUGUAACUAAUGCAUAACCUGCCAUUAUCUUAAUUUGUUUGUUUCAUUAAUGCCAAUUAUGUUUCAAUGGUUUACAAUGGAUGUCUGAGCUCCUCUCAUCUGCCCUCUGCUUUUGAUGGUAUGGUUGUUUGACGUGUGUGGUCCUUUUACAGUGUUUGCUGUGCCCUCCUCAGAAACCGCCCCAUAGAUAUUCCUACCUGUUAUCGCUUCUUCGUUGAGAUGUUGGAAAAUGCUAAUUGUUAAAUGAGUUGAAUGCAAUGUGAGUUCAAAAAACUAUUGGACCAAUGAUCAGGAAAUGGUUCCAUAAAAAUGUAUCGAUACAGAUGACAUAGUAUAUAGUAUAAUGAUAAUUUUAUUAUCAAUUUUAUGAACUUUAUUUUAUUUAAGUUAACAUAUUUUGUCAUGUUUUGAUGAUGAACGGCUAUAGUUAUAAAUAGGAUGUUUUAUUUUGAUGUGGCCAUUAAAUUUUGCAACGCAUGGUUUAAUGGUUAAGGUCUGUUGUACAUACACUUAAAUAUUACGUAUAAAUCUGGACCUUUAUGUUGUAGCAUGGUAAUGUGUGUGUGAAAGAAAACAAAGUGGGUCAUUGAUCUGCUGUUGUUAAAUAAAUGUUCCUGAACAUU